AUCUCUUCGUGCCAGGACGGCGAACAUCUGCCUUCGCGAGGAACACGGUGAAUUGUCAACCCGAUGUUAGGCCGAGAAUCGAUAAACACAAUGCCGAAUCAGACCACCCGCGUUGGUUUUUGGUGGGUGGACAAGAAGGAGGAUGACAUCCCUUCGAAAGUUCUCCGGGAACGUCUCAAGGUGCACGGCGUGGAGCUCGUCAAGUUGGAUCUCGGCCGUCCAUUUGAAGAACAGGGUCCGUUUAAAGUCAUCGUCCAUAAACUGUGUGACAUGCUUGUCGCGGAGAUCGGCGGCGAUCGAGAAGCCAGCAGAAUCUGCCAGGAAUUCCAAGCCUACUGCGCAGCUCAUCCCGAGGUCCGCAUUCUCGAUCCGCUGUCAUCGGUGCGUCUCAUCUUGGAUCGCUUCAAUCAGUACGAACUUAUCAAACAAGCGUUGGAUAUUCUUCCUGAUAAGGACAUCUUGGUACCUCCGUUCGUCCGUCUAGAAAAGCCGGAUCCCGAGGCCAAUGUCGGAAUAGUUCGCGCCAACAGACUGCGAUUCCCCCUCCUGUUCAAACACAUCGUUGCUCACGGGAGUCGCGAAGCCCACCGCAUGUUCCUCAUAAUGAACGAGGACGGUCUGCGGAAACUAGAUUCUUUCCCGUGCGUCGUGCAACAAUAUAUUCCCCAUGGUUCUGUGCUGUACAAGGUCUUCGUCGUGGGUUCCUUCUAUCAGACCAUACGACGACCCUCCCUGAAGGAUGUCGAGACGACAUCGACUUGUAAUUUGAUCGAAUUCAAUUCUCACGACAUUUCGAAACCGAAUUCGAAGUCACCGCUGACUGAUAGGGAAGCUUGGCUCCGGCCAGAUGAAAGAGGGGACGCGCUGGUCUCAUCCGAUCGUUUGAAAAGAGCCGUCGACGUUUUGGUUCGGGCGACGAAGCACACACUCUGUGGGAUCGAUUUCAUACUCGAGCAAGACACGGGGAAACUCUACGUCUUGGACUUCAACAAUUUCCCGGGAUUCACCGGAGUCGACGAUAUCAUCGGCGAGCUCACGAGACUCAUACUCCACGAGGCCGGAAUCACUUUCUCGAAUGGGAACCAAUCCAGUUGAAUUGAGGGCUCGGGACUCGAUUUGCUCACACUCAGAGACUUACACUAUCGAAAUUCGUUCGCAGCGAUUUCGCUUGCGACUUACGCAAGUGCCGAAAACCCUCGAGUCCGAUUCAGGGUCUCAACGGGGGAUGUUGCUGAGCCUCCUAAUUCUCAAUUUGUGCUGCAGGGGAGAGUUCAGAACUCGACUUCCUGACACAUUCCCACGGCUCGAGUCAGCGCGAGCGCCUUGUUGCCGCUUAGCCGUCAUCCUAGGAUAUUAGUGAAUACGGAACAGGAACUUGCAGUGGUCAAUCCGACGGACAGCUCCGAUAUUCCAUGGGUGUAUCCAUCGUGAGCUCCUCGGGAAAACCAUACACACAUCAGAAUUUUAAUCGUCCACAACUACGUUUUAUGAUUUUUAUGAGAGGCUCCAAUCGGCUAUCGGUGACCCUGUUGGGAGCCGUCACUGCUGGAAUCCU